CCGGCGACUGUGUUCGGUUUCUAGGCAGAUUUUUUUCUUUUUGGAGAAGGCAGGAUUUAUUGUGUAUGGCCGUAUUUUAUAAAAUGACUGUAUUUAUAUGUAAAUGAAUGAUUUCAUAAAAUAAUUGGAUAAAACAAUAACAAAUACUACAUAUAUUUUUUUAUGUCUAAACUACUUUUCAGUAGUUAGAUAAAGAAAACCGCGUUGCCUCGCGACAGCUGGCUUUGUCAACAAGCUAACGGUUUAGCAAGUCAACUACAGGAUCUGCUUAGGCGUUGUUUUUAGUGUAUAACAAUACUAAUAAUUAUUAUAAUAAUAAUGAGUGAGCAGCUUAAGUUUAUCGUGGAACAGCUGAACCGAGAGCCGUUCAGGAAGAACUAUAAUCUGAUCACGUUUGACUCUCUGGAGCCCGCACAGCUUCUGCAGGUUCUCAGUGAUGUUCUGGUUGAAAUCGACUCGAAGCAAGCGCUUGAUAUCCGGGAAGAAAUGCCCGAGCACACGGUCAAAAGAAUGUUCGCAUUGUUGGGGAUGCUGAAAUACAAACCCCCUGGCGGCUUCUCUGAUGUGAACGUUUUUCGGCAGGGCCUGGUGACCGGCAGUAAGCCAGUGGUGCACCCCAUCCUGCACUGGCUGCUGCAGAAAGUUCCUGAGCUGAAGAAGAGGGCCUAUCUGGCUCGCUUCCUCAUCAAGCUGGACGUGCCCUCCGAGUUCCUGGCCGAUGAGGUCAUCGCUGAGGUCUACCACCAGUAUGAAGAGUUGGUUGAAGGAUUCAAGAAUUACCAUAAAGAGUGUGAACAACUGAGGAACUUUGGAUUUUCUGCAGCUGAGAUUCGACGUGAUAUUGCGGCUAUGGAGGAAGAGAAGGACCAGCUGAUUAAACGAGUGGAGCGUCUGAGAAAAAGGGUGGAGUCUGUGUCUAACCAUCAGCGCAUGUUGGAGGUGGCCAGGCAGCUUCGAGUGGAAAAGGAGAGAGAGGAAUCUCUGGCUCAUCAGAAACAAGAGCAAAAGAACCAGCUCUUUCAGGCUGAACAAAGGAGGCAGAGGUGUCAGAUCCAACUAAAAGACUUGCGACAGGCAGCAGCAGAUGCCAAGCCUGAGAGCCUGGUGAAGAGACUGGAGGAGGAGAUUAAGUUCAACUCCUACAUGGCAUCAGACAAGCUGCCCAAGGAGCUGGAGCGCAUCCGGAGCAAAGUGCACUACCUGCAAAAGGUGGCAUCUGAGCCGGCCAUGGGCCACGCCGAGCUGGAUGAGCUGGAGGAGAAGAUUAAAGAGCUAAACCAGAUAAACCAGGAAAUAGAGAAGAAGAUGUCCAGGACUGACCCCAUGGAUGAUAAUCUCACUCUGUACAGACAGCAGGCCUCUAUCAUAGCGCGUAAGAAGGAGGCGAAGGCGGAGGAGUUGCAGGAGUCGAGGGAGGAGAUGAACUCCAUCACAAGAGAACUGAAUGCUAAGAGUCAGGCUGUGGGACAGGGAGGACUCGAGAUCAUCCGUUCAGAUGAGUUUAAAAGAUACGUUGCCAAGAUGCGUGGCAAGAACAUCGUGUAUAAGAAGAGGCGUCAAGAGAUGGCGGAGCUGAAGGCCGAGUUUGGUGUCGUACAGAGGACAGAGGAGAUCCUUCGCCAGCGCCACACAGCUGCACAACAGCAUCUGCAAUCUCUGGAGGCUCAGAGAGGGAUUUCAGGGUUUAGCGAGACCCAGGAGGAGCUGGAGAGAGUCUCCACGAUCAAAGGUGAAUUGGACGAGCUGAAGGGACGCAGGUUGGACAACAUGUCCGAAAUGGUAAAGAAGAUCAAUUUGGCAAUAUCAGAGAAGAAGUCAGCUCUGUCUCCAUUAAUAAAGGAACUAAGGCCUCUUCGCCAGGAUUGCCAGGAGCUUUCCCAACAGUAUGAAGAGAAAAAAACUCUGUAUGACACUUGCGCUGCUGGUCUGGAAAGCAACCGAUCCAAACUGGAGCAGGAGGUCAGGACCCUGCGAGAGGAGACGUCACAGGGGGAAAACCGCUAUCACCAAAUCAACUGCAUGAAAGAGAUCACUGAGAUUCAAAUACAGCGGGCUGCCGACGAGAUGAAGAUCUAUGUGUCCUCUGACCUGCAGACACGGAAAAAGUCCAUCAGAGAGCAGUUCAUGAAGAACAUUGCUGAGCAGGAAUCCUUGGGCAAGAAACUUCGUGAGGAGCAGAAGCAGGUGAAGGAGAGCCACGGGCCCAACAUGAAGCAGGUGCACAUGUGGAAGGAUCUGGAACAGCUGCUGGAGUGUAAGAAGCAAUGUAACCUGCGAGCCCAGAGUCAGGCGUCCAUCGGUCAGGUGAUCCAGGAGAGUGGAGAGGACCGUCUGAUCCUCUAGAUGAGCCACACAGCCCGUCAUUAUAUAUGUUUAUUGGCUCAUGGAAUGCUUUGAUGAAACAAUGUGUGUUCAGAGAAUAUAGAGAAAUUUAAUGACUGUGCUAUUUUAAGUUUCUCUUCCUUUUUUUUUCCCCCCUCACCAGGACAAUACUCUGUACAUUUUUGGUCUUGCUUUCCAAAACGGAGUGAAAUCUCCUUUUUUGGACAUAAUUAACUGGAGUUGGGAGAUCUUUAGUGGCGAUAACCAGUGGAGCACUCUGAAUCUAAGAGAGAGAGAAAGAGAGAGAACACAUGUUCAUAGAAGUGUUCCAUGGAUAAGAGGUUUUGAAAAUUCAACAAGUCCUGUCUCCAUUUUGAUGCGUCUUUAAGAAUAGCCCUACAAUCCAUGUGUUGGAAGAUAACAGCGAACAAAGUGUUACACUUUGAACACGCCUGCACACAGUUAUUUUGGGAAACAGCAGUCAUGACCUUGGUCAGAAGAGCUGUCCAAUUUAGGAAUUCGGCUGGUCCAUCUUUUGUUGCCGUCACUGAGGGGCAGAGGUAAUCAGCAGUGCAACAUCUACAACGCCUCCCCUACCUGUUAGUGCACAUUAAUGAGUUUUUGAUUUGGGACAGUUGUAUAAUUUAACAGGAAAAAUUCAGCUGUUUGAAUAAUUUAUCGAACGAGUUAUGUUUUUUUCAAUAUACAUUUUAUAAUUUUUUGUUGAAGAUUUUGUAAAACUCUAACUAUAAAAGCAGUAUGUUUACGCAACAUUAGACAAUUUAUCAAGCAUUUAAGCAUUGCAGUUUCUUUCUUUGGCCAGAAAGUGGCGAAUAAAACGUGACUUACAGUA